CCAGGCAGGUAGCGAAGUCCCAAUAGGUUUCUCCGUAAGAACUUGAAGCCAUAAGAGCCUCUUGCACAACCCCAAUCAUCAUUUCUCGCCUAUCGUUGCUUCAACCUCGUGUGAACGCGCUGCCCAAGCUACUUGAAACGCUGCUUCCAAGCGACAGGAUCUCAUGGCUCGUCGAACUUCCGAGAGUAUGGACUGGGACUGGUACCAGUCCAAGCCCGCGGAGGUUGAUCCGAUGAGCCCGUUUGCUAAAAUCACAUUGGGCCGCCUCCAGGCCCAGUCGACCCUCGACAGCCCCCACGAGUCGACCAAGCACGACUCCUCUCGACCUCGAAGUCAAAAAGGGGCGCCGCCGCCACGCGCACUUUUUGGUCCGGUAUUGUUUUCUACUUCCCAGAAACGGAUCGACCCGAAAGCCGACUACCGGUCACUACGACGGGCUAGCCGCAUGCGCAAGAGCUCCCCGUCCCUGUCGCCAGACCGACAUCAAGAGCCUCUCCCGAAAUCCCGUGCUCUCCGAUUCCUACUACUACCGUCGUCAUCACCCGAUCUUCAAACAGAAUCCGCGAACGCAGGUGAGGAGUCGGGUGACGACUCCAGCAUAAUCAACCGCAAUGUCGGCCGUCCGAGGGGCCGUGCAAGGGGGAGAAAUCCAGAGGCGGAGAGCACUGAGAGCCAUGACAGUGAAUAUGGAACGGAGCGCUUUGCGACUUACGCAUCUCGUAUAGCCCUGGUAUCUCUUUUCUUCGGUGGAAAUUUCUAUUACAAGGUGGUGUCAGUCAGCAGCUCGUUACUUUGGGCCUAUGUUGUCUUUAUCUUUCCCGGAAAGAGAAACGGACGAUCCGGUCCCAAACCCAUCCGCAGCGUUAGGGGACUAGUCGUCAAGUUGGUCGUGGGGUUCGUCAAGGUUUCUUGUUUUAUAAUGCUGCUGGCCUGGUGUGCAAUGCUCAGCCCCCUCCAGAUAUUUGUUCCAACACUCAUGGAUGCUUGGAUCAAGUAUUCAGAGCAUCCCCCCUUCAGGUCUUUUGAGGUUCUCUACGAGCCCAGCGAUCCUGCUGUCGAUGUUUUCGCGAUACACGGACUUGGGUCAAACCCAUCGAGCGCUUGGCGAUACGUUGGCAACGGGACGGAAGUCUAUUGGCUGCGAGACCUGCUUCCCCAGCAAGAAGGACUCUCGAGGAUAAGGGUAAUCAUGGUCAAUCACCAGACGAGAUGGGACUCUCACUCGCCUGAGGUUGAUUUCGAUGUCGUGGCAAAGAUGAUGCUAGAUGAUAUCGAGCAUCUGCAUCAUAAACACCGUCCCAUUAUCUUCAUUGCCCACAGUUUUGGUGGAUUGCUCCUGAAAAGGAGCCUGGUCCUCGCCAAUACCGUAUCAAAACACAUUGCUGAAAUGACGAGGGGCAUCCUCUUUCUCGGAGUCCCACACUACGGUACCAGAGCCGCAUUUGUUGCUUCCAUCCUAGCCUGCACAGCGUACUGGCGCGGGUCCUCAACAACCAUGCUGGAAUACAUGGCUGAGGGAAGCCUGGCCGUUCACAACCUUGAUAACGAGUUCUACGAGGCAUACGCAAGGCCUGGCGCAAAUCGCGACUAUACGGCACCGUACAUAUGCAACUUUCUGGAAAUGCGGCCUGAGCACGUUGGAAAACUGUCACUGAGCCCGACAGUUAACAUCAAGUCCGGAACGCUCCGCUACGCCAAGGAUGUGCUGCUCGACACCGACCACCGGGGACUUAAUAAGUUCCGGUCGUCGGAUGAUCCAAACUUCGAGAAGUUCCUGAGGCACUUCCGCCAGGCGUUUACUUGGAAGGGACAUGACUCCCGGCAGGGGGCUUCACGCCGCUGGCUGACCGGAAUGUAGACCGUCGACGAGGACCCCGUCCUCCGCACGUCGCGAAACCCCUUUAUUAUCGGCCGC